CGGACGCCAUCGCCUCGCCAUCAAGCACGUCGCCAUCAGUUGGCCCAAGGCUGAGGCCAGGCGGUGGUGCGCGGUGGUGCUCUCUGUCUCAUGGCUUGCCGGCUGGAAUGCGCUGGCGGCGUUCGUGACAAUGCGAGAUUUGCUGUCUCAGACCCCACUGUACGCUGAGAUGCGAGACAGAUCCAGCCCAUGGAAUCGAGGACGGCUGCCCGUCCAGCAGCGAGUCGAGCUCCGAGGUCUCGGGGGACCCCACGUGCGGGUGCGACGCGUGGACGUCGCCACCGCCGAUGGACGCCGGGACCUACGAGGAGACAUUCUGGCCUGGACGGGACACGGCAGAGAAAGUCCCAAAGACGAGAAAGAGUUCACGGCGCAGGAGUUGAUGCUUCGUCUGGACAUGGCCCACAAUAAAGCUGUUUGGGUGGGGAACUUCAGAGAGAAGAUUUAUGGUAUUUCAUGAUCAACAUGAACCCGAUUCUGGCAAUCUGCUACUCUCACCCGCUGCACCCAAUAAGCCGACGGGAGCGGCUGCUGGUGUAUUGUUUCUCUCUGGUG